AUGUAUUAUCAACAAUAUAACCAAAUAUGUUUAAAAAGUUUAGAAGUAUUUGAAAAAGGAAUAAGUAUUUUAAUAAAAAAUAAAGAAUUAGAUGAAAUUAAAAUAGUAAUAAUAUUAUUAAUUGGAAUGAUUAAAGAAAUGUUAGAAGGAUUUAGUGCAAAUAAUCAAUUAUUAUAUUCAAAUGUAAUAAUAAAAAUAUUUUCAUUAAUAAGUGAUUGUUUAAUAAUAAAUGAUAAUAAAUUUGAAUUAUGGAAAAUAUUUAAAAAAGAAGUAAUUUAUUUAAUAGAAUUUAAUGAGAUAUUUGAAAUAUGGGCAAAUUAUGUAAUAAAAAUUCAACAAAUAAUUAUUUCAUCAUUGUAUUGUAAUGACCUUAUUAAAUUUAAAUUAAUGUCUUUUUCUAAAUCAGAAGUAAUAGUAAUUUCUUUUAAACAAUUAAAAAAUCUUUGGAUUCAAUUCUUAAGUUGUGUAGAAUUUAAAUUAAUAAAAACACCAAAAACAUUACUUCAUUACUGUCAAAUAUAUUCAAGACUCAUACAAGAAAUGAAAGAUUUAUCAAUAAAAUUUCUAAAACAAAGUCCAUUACCAAAAACAAUUUAUUCAAUUUAUUUAAAAGAAUUUAUUAAAAUUAUUAUUUCAAUUAACCAACAAGAAUUUAAUGAAGUUAUCUAUUUUAUUAUUCCAAUUUUAGGUAAUUUUAUGGAAGAAUGUCUUAAUAAUAUUCAAUAUAAUGAAUCAAUUGUAAACGAAUUAAUUUACUGUUUUAAAAAAUGUUUAGAAUCAACAGAAUAUAAUUUAUUAAUAAUUAUAUAUUCUGAAUUAAUUAAUAUAUUAAAAUAUCAUCAAAAUCAAUUAUUAUUAUUAUUUAAACCUUUAAUAAAUUCAAUGGAAAAAAUUAUAUUACAAAAUAAACAACAAACAAAUAAAAUAAUUUUAUUAUUAUUAAAUGAAAUGAAAUAUUAUUAUUCACUCAUUUGUCAUACUCAAAUAUUUGAAAGGAUUGAAAUUAAUAAAAAAUAUUGUUUAAUACUUAAUACUUUAUUAUACAACAAAUAUUUCACUUUAAAUGAAUAUUAUUUAUUAUGUAUUAUAACUGAACAUUUUAUUAUUGAAUCUUCAAUUGAUGAAAAAUUACCUCAGUCAAAUAAAAUUGAAAUUGAACAAUCAACUAUUCCAAUUCAUUGUUUUGAAUUAUUAUGGAAAAUUUUUAUUGUUUUAAAAUAUGGUUUAUUAAAUAAAUUAAUAUUAACUAAUAAUGAACAAACUCUACUUACAAUUAUUAGAAUAUUUAGAUAUUCUUCUUUUUAUAUUUCUUUUAUGGUAAAUAAACGUUGUUUUAUUGUUGGUGUUAUUAAUCUUUUUUGUGAAUUAAUGCCUAAAAUUUUAAGUCUUCCAUCAACAUUAGUUUUUAAUAGUUCAAUGCAUUUAGUUAUAUUUUUUUCAACAUUAUUACCUUCAUUACAAGAUAAAUUAUUCUUUAAAAUAAAUGAUAUGUUCUUAUCUUUAUCUUCUUCUAAAAGUUCUUUUUAUGCUGCUUCAUUAGAACGUUUUUAUACAUUUUUUAUAUCUUAUUUCUUUCAACUAACAACAAAAACUGAUAUUCAUUUCUUUGACUUGUUUAUUCAACACCAACCAAUUAAUAAUCAAAUAUCAAUUUCAAUUAAAAAUGAUAAUGCAAUAUACACUAUUUUUGAAAAUACUCUUUCAUCACCAAACUCAUUUUAUAUUUUUGGAAUUAAUACAUAUAAUAAAUUAAUUAAUAAACUUAUAAUAUUAAAUCAUCAUUUACAAUCAACUCAAAUUCCUCUUCCUAUAAAUCGUUUUAGUUAUUAUCCUGAAGGAAAUGAAUUUGAAACUGAAAUGACUCAAUUAUUUAUUCAACAAUUAAAUAUUAAUAAACCUUUAAUUAUACAACCAAAUCAAUGUAUUGAAAAUAAAAAAACAUAUAAUAAAAAUUCUAAUUUGUUUAAAUAUUCUUUAUUAAAUAUUUCUAUUCAAACAUUAUUUUCUUCUUCUCAAAUUCUUGAAAGUCCAAUUACUUCUUUAUCUAUUUCUUCGUUACCAUUAACAUUGUAUCUUUCACCAAUUAUAUCUCCAAGAGAUAGUUUGUAUUGUAAAUCUUUUCUUCAUUUAUAUUCUUCAAAACAAAUUAAUUUAAUUAAAUUCCCAAAUCAAAAAUUAGAUAUUGUUCUCAAAACUAAUGAACAUGUCUUUGGUGAUGUCGUUGUUAAUUUUAAAAGAUGUAAUGAACAAUUAUAUUCAAUUCAACUUACUUCAAAAAUUAUCAUUUUUGUUCACUAUUCUUCAUUAAUUCAUUUUAUUUCCAAUUAUCUAUUUGAAUCAUUAAUUCAACACGAUUACAAUAAAUUAUUUAUUGAUAUCAAUACUAUUAAUACAACUCUUAUUAAUUUAAAAACUCAAUGUCCUUCGUAUGAAGCAAUUCUCUUUCCACAAAUUCUUAAUUCAAAACAACUACCAAAUUCUAAUUCUAAAAUACAAAAAUUAUUAAAUGAUGAUGAAACAGAUUGGUGGGGUGUUCUUGAUCAAAAUCUUGUUAUGUGUAGAAAAGGAAGUUCACCAUUAAAUAUAACAUUGCUCCAAACUCAUUCAAGAAAACGUUCAAAAAGUUCACCAAUUGAUAAUUGA